AUGGCAUCUAAUAUAGAAAUAGAAUUAAAUGAAACUCAGUUGAGAGUUAGUUCUGUUCUUAAUAAAGACAAUAAGAAUUAUGGAAAGAAGAAUUUAAUUGAUGGAAAUGAGGAAACAUGUUGGAAUUCAGAAGCAGGUUCUCCACAAUGGAUACAGAUUACUCCUAUGAAAUGUAUUUCAUUGAAUAGUAUUGCUAUUAAAUUUCAAGGAGGUUUUGCAGCAAAACGAUUUGUUAUUGAAGAUCGACAACAAGAUGGAACAUUUACAUCUAUUGCUGAAUUUUAUCCUGAUAAUCAUGGAAAAUUACAAGUCUUUCGUCUUCCAACAGCGCAUGUUAUCGAUCAAAUUCCAUUUCGAUUAACAUUUUAUGAUAGUUAUGAUACAUUUGGAAGAAUUAUUAUUUAUGUUUUAAAAAUUUAUGAGAAUAAAUAA